AUGGGGUCUGAUCCACAGUACAUCAAAUAUCCUGACCUCCUCCUCGCCCAAUCCGUCUUCAACCUCUCCAACCCGGCCUGCAAUGCGUCCACUCGUCAGGCAUCUUUGAAGAAGCUGCAAGAUGCCAUCGCUGAGCGGAAGAUGGCGCCUUUCUACCGCCAUCUGGCACACCCCACCGAGGGUAUCUUGAAUACGUCGGGUGAGGGUGUGACGCAACACCCGCACCCUCACAACGCAGGUGCUUCCAAGCCACUCAUCACUUCCAACAUGCUCGCCUCACGACCAUCAUCCAAGAUUGACUUUCCUUGGGACGAGAAACUGUAUCACUCUUUAGUUGAGGAUAACAAGAAGGAGUUGGAAGGGAUUCAGAAGGAGGAGGAUGAAGCGGAGGAGGCUGCUGGUGAGACUGAAGUUCAGGCGGCCCGGGGGAAACGCGCCGAGUUCUGGGCUCGUGUUGGAGAUAAGGAUAAAUCAAUCGAGUCCCACGAAGCCUUGCUCGAAAAGAUCGGUUUCCUCGGUACGAAGAUUGAUCUGGUGCUCGCUAUGAUUCGCAUCGGUCUUUUCUUUGGUGAUCGACUGUUUGUGAAGAAGACAAUCGAACGCGCCGAGGCCCUCGUUGAGAGCGGUGGUGACUGGGACCGGAGGAAUCGCCUCAAGGCCUACAAGGGCAUGCACCUUCUCACGUGUCGUUCCUACAGCCUCGCCGCUCCCCUCCUCCUCGACAGUCUGUCCACAUUUACCAGUUACGAGCUCUGCAGCUAUUCAUCACUGGUGAUUUACUCGGUGCUUGCUGGAUCGCUCUCCCUGAAGCGGGUGGAUUUCAAGGCCAAGGUGGUGGAUGCGCCGGAGAUCAAGGCGAUCCUGGGUGCUGGAGAGGACCAGCUGGCCGCUCUCUCCGGUGAGGUUUCCUCGGGCCCAGGUGCCCUCGAUGAGGAGAUGGCUGAUGCGACGGUAUCAAAAUCCACUCCCACUGCGGGUGCCACAACCGUCGUCAACCUCACGACUCUGGCGACCGGCUCCACCGAGCAAGCCGAGACUGAGACCCCCGUGGACUUUUCGCCUCUGGCCAAUCUGGCCAACAGCCUGUAUAAUGGCAAUUAUCGUUCAUUCUUCAAGGCUCUGGCCGCCGUUGAGGACCACUUCUUGACUCAGGACCGGUACCUGCAUGAGCAUCGGGCCUGGUUUGUCCGGGAGAUGCGGCUGCGGGCCUACCAGCAGCUUUUGCAAAGUUACCGAGUCGUGGGUCUGACCAGUAUGGCGAACGACUUUGGUGUCACAGUGGACUACUUGGACCGGGACUUGGCGAAAUUCAUCUCGAGCAACCGCAUCUCAUGCACGAUCGACCGUGUGAAUGGAAUCAUCGAGACCAACCGACCGGAUGACAAGAACAAGCAAUACUCGGACGUUGUCAAGCACGGCGAUUCCCUGAUCACCAAGCUCCAGAAAUAUGGACAAGCGGUUCGUCUUCGUGGCAGUGAGCGCAGUUAA